GAGGAGGAAGAACCGGUCUUGAAAUUUAAGGACGAGCCACUGGAGGCAAGCGAGGUGGUUGUGACGCCAGAGGGAGCGGAGGGCGUGGUAGAGGGCAUACGGCGCGGCAACGUGGUGGUCAAGUCGGAGACGGGUUUGGAGACCUUCAAGCUGGAGGAGGUGAGGCGGAAGCGCGUGGCCCCGCCCGGCUACGUGAAGCCGGCCCGCGGGAGGGGGGAAGGAAGGAGGGGGGCGGCGAUCGUGGACAGGGACCUGUUGAGGGCCUGGGAGGCUCUGGAGGAGCGCAUGGGCGAGGCGGAGAGGGCCGCGGCGCGGGAGACGCGGGAGACACUUGAGGCGCUCUACCAGGCUUCGGGUCUGGACCAGCUCCUCCGCCGGGACGGCCGUGAGGAGGAGGAUGCGGAGCCGAGCUUGUACGGGGGCGUUCUGGGGCUAGGGGGGAGCCACCGGCAGAAACGGCGCGCGGAGGCCAACGCCCCGAUCCGAUCCUUUCUCUUCACGACAGCGCCGCGAGGGGCGGUGCCGCCCGAGAUCCCUCUCCUCCUCUCCCCCGUCGUCGACCUGCCCGACCACGCCCUUGCCCUCUGCUUCCUGGGCGGGGCGCCAAAAACCGUUGAGGGGCCCUCGGUGGCCGAGCGAGUGCGGGACUUGCGGGAGCGUGUCUUCUCGGAAGGGCUGCGGUCCUGGGAGGAGCGGCGGCUCGAGUGGAGCAGGCUGAAGGCGGAGGUGGCGAGGCUGGAGACACGAGCGCGGCGGCAGCGGCUGCAGACGGAGGAGAUCUCGCGUUGGGUGGCCCAGGACGCCGCGGGAUCCGUGCUCGGCAAGUUGAGGGGGCAGCUGGCCUCGGUCGAGGGCGACAUGCAUCAGCUCCGCCUGCGCCACCGCGUCGAGUGCAAAAUUGCCAACAUUGCGCUCCCGGAGGGAGAGGACUUGCUGCUGCCGGCGGGGGCUUUGAAGGCUCUGGAUCUGCCCGCCAUGCUCAACGAGGCCGGGGAGCUGGCGGUGGGCUCUGGCGAGGAGGACGAGGAAGAGCAGGAAGAGGAGGAGAAGCGGCGGCGCCUGGCCGAAGAGGAGGCAGAGGAGGAGGCGGAGAUGCUGGCAGCCGAGCAGAAGGAGGAGGAGGAGGGAGGGGGCGGAGGAGGGAGGAACAGGGCGCAUCUUCCGCGCUCGCGGGGCACCAUGGGCAGCGGUGGGGGCAGGCAGGGGGGGGGCGAGGGCGGAUCCUGUGACGGGGGGGGAAUGGAGGAGGAGGAGGACGAGGAGGACGAGGACGAGGAGGAGGGAUUAGAGGAGGAGGAGGAGGAGGAGGAGGAGGAGGAAGAAGAAGAAGAAGAACAACAAGGAGGGAUUUUGAGGAUGGCAGGUACCAAGAUGAGGAGGAGGAGGAGGAGGAGGAGGAGGAGGAGGAGGAGGAGGAGGAGGAGGAGGAGGAGGAGGAGGAGGUGGAGGA